UAUCAAAAAACAGACACAUGGUGGCUUCACAAAAAUUAUCCCUGGAGAGAGAAAGUUAAGGCUUCCGCAGAGAAAAUCUUGAAAGAAACAAGAGAGAUUUCGUUGUUGUUCUUUGUUUUUCUCUUUUGGUGUCCCUUCCUUUUCUCUCACAAGUUUCUCCCUCUCUCCCUUUGUUGGAGGAGAGAAGGUUGAGUUUGUGUCUUCUUCUUCUUGAUUUUCUUUUUUGGAAUAUUUUUGGAUCUUUUUAAAGAGGAAAUUUAGGGCUUGGUUUGUUUGUUGGUGAAGAGAGAAAGGAAACCAUGAAUGUGAUGCGUAGAUUAAAGAGCAUUGCUUCCGGUCGAACUUCUAUAUCAUCUGAUCCUGGCGGGGAUGCUGUAACAAAGAGGGCUAAGGUUGAUCAAGAAAUGGAACCAAAGAUUGACGGGGAAUCAUAUUUAGUUGAAAGGAGUGUCACUGACCAGGAGCAGCAUAUGGCUUCUACAUCACAGGAAAAUGCUGCCAGUGCAUCCAAUGUUACUUCAGUGACAAGAACAGAAAAAUCAGGCUAUGAUCAACUUCCAAAAGAGAUGCAUGAAAUGAAGAUCAGAGAUGACAAAAACACUAAUCAUGAUGAAAAGGAUAUGGAAGCUGCCAUUGUGAGUGGCAAUGGGACAGAAACUGGUCAGAUUAUUGCAACCACAGUCGGUGGUCGGAAUGGACAACCAAAGCAGAUAAUCUCAUAUAUGGCAGAGCGUGUGGUUGGCACAGGUUCAUUUGGUGUUGUCUAUCAGGCUAAAUGCCUUGAAACUGGUGAAGCAGUCGCGAUAAAGAAGGUAUUGCAGGAUAAGAGAUACAAGAACAGAGAACUUCAAGUCAUGCGCAUUCUUGACCAUCCUAAUGUCGUUCAGCUGAAACAUUGUUUCUAUUCAACUACUGAAAAAGAUGAACUAUAUCUUAACCUUGUUCUGGAGUAUAUAUCUGAGACUGUCCAUCGAGUUUCAAGGCACUUUAACAGGAUGAACUAUCAACACACACCCAUUUUAUAUGUUCAACUGUAUACGUACCAGAUUUGUCGUGCACUAAAUUACUUGCACCACGUUGUUGGGGUGUGCCAUCGUGACAUCAAGCCACAGAAUUUACUGGUCAAUCCCCAUACUCAUCAGCUAAAAAUAUGUGAUUUUGGUAGUGCAAAGAUGCUGGUUCCAGGCGAAACCAACAUAUCUUAUAUUUGCUCUCGGUAUUAUAGGGCACCAGAACUUAUAUUUGGGGCUACAGAGUACACAACUGCAAUUGAUAUCUGGUCCGUUGGUUGUGUCUUGGCCGAACUUCUUCUUGGACAUCCACUAUUUCCCGGGGAAAGUGGUGUUGAUCAGCUGGUGGAAAUUAUUAAGGUCCUGGGCACACCUACCCGAGAAGAAAUUAAAUGCAUGAAUCCCAAUUACACAGAGUUCAAGUUCCCUCAGAUCAAGACUCACCCAUGGUACAAGAUAUUUCACAAGCGAAUGCCCCCUGAAGCAGUGGAUCUCGUAUCAAGGUUGCUUCAGUAUUCACCAAAUCUGCGGUGCACAGCUUUGGAGGCGUGUGCUCACCCCUUCUUUGAUGAUUUGAGAGACGCAAACGCAUGCUUACCUAAUGGGCGUGCGCUACCUCCUUUAUUCAAUUUUACCGCCCAAGAGUUGGCUGGGGCAUCUGCUGAACUGCGUCAACGUCUCAUUCCAGAGCAUGCAAGAAAAGAAAAUUGACGAUGGCUAGGUGGUCAGAUUUGUAGUCAAAUCAAUGCUACUGAAUUUUUGAAUGCGUGGUCACCCAUGCAAGCACGCUGCCUGCUUAAAUAGUUCACAGACCAAAUCAACUUCGCAACAUUCACCUCAUUAGUUAUUACAAAGGGGGGUCUUAGACAGUAAAGGCUGGUGGGUAGGCUUUGCAAAGAUUUUGGAUGGAGCUUUAAGACAGAAUUAUCUGAUGGAGCAGGAUCGCUUGGCAACAGGGCUCCAACAUUUUAUCUAUUUAGGAUGUGGUUUGUAGUAUGCAUCAUUGCUUGGAAGUUGAGUUGUGAUUACCCUUUUUGUUCCAGUGUAUAGUUUGCUGGUAUUCAUUGAGAAAUUAACUGAAUGGAUGAUUUAGAUGAAUUAUGAUUUCUCAGUGUAUACUUUUCCUGCUUUACCUUCUGUAUUACAAAGAAAUUAAAGUAUAUUAGAAUUUCUUGGUUUCUUUUA